AUGAAGAAGCUUUUCCGCUUCUGGAGGAGGAGGGAUGAAUCCUCCAGCCCCCACUCCUCCGACCUGCCCAUGGGCUUGGGCUACCACCUUCAAGACAAAGAUUUGAAGAAACUUCAUAAAGCCGCUUUAGCAGGGGAUCUGGAGAAGCUGACCAAGUACCUCCAGGUCAAGAAACAAGAUGUGAACCUGCGGGACAAGGAAUACAGAACACCUUUGCACUUGGCCUGUGCUAAUGGACAUGUAAAUAUUGUGUAUUUCCUGAUUGAGAAACAAUGUGAGAUAAAUGUCCUGGAUAGUGAAAACAGGUCUCCAUUGAUUAAGGCAGUACAGUGCCAAAAGGAGGAUUGUGCUACUGUUCUUCUAAACUGUGGUGCAGACCCAAACCUGGUAGAUUUUCAUCAUAAUACUGCUCUUCAUUAUGCUGUCUGUGGUCAAAGUGUCUCAUUAGUUGAAAAGUUGCUUCAACAUGAAGCUAAUCUUGAAGCGAAAAAUGAGGAUGGGUAUACUCCCCUUUUACUUGCUGUGAGUAAAAAUAAUGCAGAAAUGGCAAAAUUUCUUCUGACAAAAGGGGCAGAUGUGAAUGCUGCAGAUAAGAAUCAAAGAACAGCCCUAAUGAUUGCUAUCAGUGGUGAACCAACAAAUCUAGUAAGUAUUCUUUUUCAGCAAGAUGUGGAUCUGUCUCGUCAAGAUAUUUAUGGAUUCACAGCUGAGGAAUAUGCUUCUUUUAAUGGUUUAACUGUAUAUCAUCAAUUAACUUCUAAUAAUGGAAAAAAGCAAAAAGUUAAACAGAAAUCUUACAAUGAACAGCCAACUUUGGCCACAACAUGUGAUACAGAAGAACUGAAAGAUGGUAACAAAAUACUAACUGAACAAGUAUUUUUGUUGCUUGUUGUCUGUUUGUUUUUUUUAGGAAAGGAAACAACUUUCUUAGGUAACACAUCUGAAAUUGAAAAUUUCUUAUAAUUUGAAAUGCCUGAUAAUUUUAUGAACUGUUCUUAAGAAUUAUUAUUAAAAUGUCCUGACGCUUCACUGACUGACAAUGUAAAGGGGUAACAUAGAGAUCUACUGAAUGAUUAAGAACUUUUUUAUCCACGGUCUCUUGACCAGUUAUAAAAAACAAUUUUUCACAUAGACAUUUUAAUAGAUAUAAAACUAUCACAAAACUUUCAGUUUUAUUAUAAAAAUACUUGAAAUAAGCACAUUUGGUAUUAGUUAAUAUGAUAUAUACCAAAUCAUUACAUAAAAUUUAAAU